GAUGCAUAUUUGCAUGAAAAAAAAAUCUAAAUUGUGAGAUAAAAAGAUGCAAUUACCAUUUUAAUUUCUUUAUUUAGUGAUGGAAACAAGCUUCCAUAAAAUACAGCUGUAAACACGGUCCAAAUUGCUUUGCGCUUGUCCACUUUCAAAGACUUUGGAAUAUGCAUUUGAUCACACUGCAUUUGUAGUGUAAACGCUCAUGUGGUGGACUACAUUUGAAAAGCGGUCAACCGGUCAAUUAUGUGCAGUUUAAAUAGGUGUCCAUUUCAUGGAACUGGAUUUUCCCCUACAUUUUAGGUUAUUUGUGUGCUUAUUCAACACACAGUAACAGUGACAUAAAUUCAUGUAAUCAGAGACCUCCCCUCAAAAUCCGAUCAUAAGUGGUCAGAGGAGACGCAUUUGAGAUACUACCAAGUGUAAUGUCGAAUGUGUCUUCUUCGACCAUGUGAUCGAAUAAACCAAAACACAAGCAGAACCAGGUGUAAGCUAGGUCUCUGUGUGGAAGAGUGUCUCACCAUUCCCCGUCCCCCAAGAUGCAAGGUGCUGAGUGAAGACACUUGCAAGUGAUAAACAGAAGCUGCCACAAUCUAAACGUCCUUCACACUGCAUCCUGUCCAGGCGUCGGAGACAGAUGGACCGAGAGAGUCCAUGUGCCUCACACAUUUCCAUUUUUGACCGUGCCUGCAGCGGUCCUCCCAAAAUAACCCCCAUUCCUUACGACCUUAUAUGUGCAAGGCCUCAGUGAGAUUACAGUCUGGGGGAGAUUCACGAAUCCAGGCCACACGAGACUGGCCGUUGUCUCAUUGUUGCUUUGUGGUUGUUAGCAGGCCUGUUAGCAUCUCCAGUCUAGCUAUGCAUCUCACAGAACUAGAUCAGGAGUGUUUGCUACACGUAUUUUCGUACCUAGACAAGGACAGUCGCCGCAGCUUGUCCCUGACUUGUGUACGACUAAGACAGGUCUUCCUGGACCCGCAACUGUGGACGCUACUUCACUUCAGGUCUCCAUGCGAGCUAAGGAGGGACAACUUUAUUCUGGGCUCUUCGCUGAGGUACCUGGCUGUAUGCUGGCACUCGAGCAGGGUCAAAGUGUGCAACAUUGAGGACUGGAUGAAGACUACAUUCCAGAGGGACCUCUGCAGAAAGCACGAGAGCCUCGUCAGUGACUUCCUGGAGCAUGUUUGCCACAUGUGUCCAAAUCUAGUCUCGCUGACUCUGUCUGGAUGCGGACACAUUACGGAUCACAACGUCAUCAACGUGCUACAACGUUGCAGGAGGCUACGUAGCCUUAGUCUAGAAAACUGCGCUCGGAUGACUGACUCCAUCCUCCAGGCUGUGGUGAACUACGGUAACAGUCUCACAGAGGUGAGGGUGGACUUCUGCCGCAACGUGACCCAGGCAGGGCUGCAGGAGGUCAGAGACAAGAGACCAGAAGUGCACCUGAGCACAUUACACAGUGCAGAUAUGAUUCCAGACAGCAAGCCUGAGGAGAAAACACAGAUCAGGAGAGCUCUGCAGAAGUUCUUGAUCUUCUCCUGACAGCUAGAAGCUACCUAGAGACUUCAUGUCAAGUUGAAGUUCACAACAUUGUCCAGUACUAUUACAGAUGUUUUAUUUUAUUUCACUAUUGACAUUACACUUCUUUGUAAUUCUGUAAUUCCUUAUUUUGUCAUUUCAGAAGUCUUCAUCUCUGACGUUUUCAUUCCAAUUUCAUUUGAAUUUUCUGUCUUUACAUUCAGUCUUACAACCAUUCUUAUAUUUUAUUUGUUCAACAUUCUCAUUUCAAACUCAUUUUUUGUACCUUCACUGUCAUGGGUUGUUUUUCAUUUGUUUGUUUGUCCAUUUGGCUCUAUGAAAUGACUCACCGGUCAAGUAAACAGUACAAAGAUUAAGUAUUCAAUAUGCAGGGCAGUGGCCCAAUCCACACAUUUCAACCAAAUCUUAGGUUUUGAUUAUAAAACAAUUGUGAACUCUGUGAAGGGCAGUAUUUUUUAAAAGCACAGCUUGUUUUGGUUGCAUAAUCAAGGUUUGUUCUGGAACAAGUCAUAGUUGGUUAUUCUCAUUGUGGGUUUUGGACUUCCUCCUAGUUAUGCAAGAACAAUAUUUGACCGAGCACAGGUUUACAGCCUUACUGCAUGACUUUUAUUAAGCAAUAAGGUGAGAGAGGCUGUAUAUCAAUAUAGUCAUAUUGUGAAUCAUGUCAUGUUAGUCACAACACACCUGAGCAACUAUUUUCACAAUACAGCAUGGCUUUGAGUGCCUUAUUGCUCCUCUAAAAACCUUGUUUCAUUAAGCAAAUUCAUUCAUUCAUCUUGUAUUAGAAAACAGUUCCAGUCCUGGUUGCUGAUUGGUCAACAGCAUUUUAGCUAUACUAAAUCCCAAAGUAUACUUCCCCUUUUUCCCUAGAAUUUCAUCAUCAGAAGAGAACGCGCGUACUGUACUCGUAGAUUUUUGUAACCGCACUUACUUUGUACGUGCAGGUCACAUUACGGUGGCAACCAUGCCCUGGGGGCAUUGAUUUACAAGGUGGUCGAACAGUGUUGCCAAGUCCGCAGUUUUCCUGCAGAAUUGGGCUACUUUUACACUGUUUCCGCAGGUUGUUUUUCAUGCCCGCAGGUUGAGGCAACCCCAACUAACAUGAUAUUUAGCCCCUGAAAUACGAAUUUUGCCAGGGGGACCCCACCAAAAAUGUGGAUUUUACCCCCUCAGAAAGUGAUUGGGCUAGUUUUUUAAUAAAUUUGAAUAGCAAUUGGGCGGGUUUUGUUGUAAAAACCUGGCGACCCUGUAGUCGAAGAAAUACAUUAUAAACUGAACAGACCAGAACGCAUGCAAGCUACAGCGACAAAGGAGGUCUACAUAGACGAGAGAUUGAGCGAAGAGGUUAGAAAGGACCCUCAUUUGUAGAACUCUAGCAUGAAAGAAUACAAAGAUGUUUACAUGGGUUUGAGAGAUUGCUCAAAACUGUGCAUACGUUGAACGCCUGUGUAUGCGUACGAGUCAAAUGAAGUAUACUUUGCAAGGCUGUGCGUUCGACUGUGCGCGUACACCAGUGUACGUGUAAAAAAAACGAAGUACACUCAGGGCUUAAAGCACACAGUGUAAACAAAACCUAGCUACCUAUAGAAACCAAAGUAUAGUUCACUUUUUAUGCGUACGCAAGGGUCAGAGUAUAGUGCAUGUGACGCAAAUUAGUUUAUUAAUUAAAUUAGUUUAUCCACAAGGUGGAAACCUUGCCCUGAGCGGCGUCGAUUCACAGUUGUACACUAUCAUACGUGUAAAAAAACGAAGUAUACAGGGCUAUAGAGACCAAACUUAAGUUUAAUAUAUUUUCUAGCAGAAUGAUGUAACAAUAAAUUUGCUUAAUAAAAUAAUGUUUAUUAUUAUUUCUUUUUUAAUUAUUGUUUUAUUAUGUACUGUAUAAUUUCUGUACAUUUAGACUUCGAUGUAAGAACUUGUUGACCAUUGAAGAAGAAUGUUAUUUAGGAAUGCAGGUGUGUCAUAAAUUCAUUUCUGGAA